GUACAAGAAAGAUAGUAUGGGUGGCUUUUCUCCAGUGUGUCUGCGUCGCCAUGUGGAGGAUAGAGAGCUGAAAAGUUCGUUUUUAAUUCGUUUAUUUAUCGUCGUCAGUUGUUGCGUUCGCCGCUUUUCGGUCGGAGUCCGCCAUUGUUGUUAGUUAACGUUCUGUUUUUUUUAAAUCUCACUCCUGCGCGAGACACUUUAACGGUUUUUCAAAGACAACAAAACGUGGGCAGUGGUUAGCAAACAACAACUCAACACAACUUACCUUCAGUCGAUAAUACGGCAGUGUAAAUACUUUUUAUUACCUUUUUUAAUAACUAUAUUUUUUAACUUAAACUUGGUGGUCAGCUUUGCCCCGUCACCAUGGAGAGGCACGACUAUCACUCAGCAACACACGAGUAUCCACAUCCGUUCAUCCACAAAGUGAAGCUGACGAGGACACACAGGAUAAGGGGUAUCAUCCUGGGCAGCAUCCUCUUCCCUCUUCGCGUCACCCUGGCGGCAAUCUGCUUCCUAAUCAUGUGGCCAAUUGCCCGGCUACGAUUGGCCGGCCUGUCUGAGGAGGAACGCUCUCGGCCCGUCAAGGGCUGGAGGCACUGGCUCCUCAAUUGGAUCAUCAUGCGGCUGAGCCGAGGCGUCUACUUCUGCCUGGGCUUCCUGUGGGUGAAGGUCAAAGGUCGCAGGGCAGACCUGAGGGAGGCGCCGGUGCUGGUGGUGGCGCCUCACAGUGGCUUUCUGGACAUGCUGGUUCUGUUUGGAACCAACCUGGCUGCGGUGGUGUCGCGGUCGGAGAACAGGAAUCUGCCAGUCAUAGGAGCUCUGCUGGAGUUCAACCAGGCGGUGCUGGUGAGCAGAAAGGAUCCAGAGUCGAGGAAAAAGGCCAUCGCACAGGUCACAGAGAGGCUGACCUCCGACGGCUACUGGCCUCAGAUGCUGAUGUUUCCUGAGGGAACCACAACUAACGGCAGCGCUCUCAUCAAAUUCAAACCAGGUGCCUUCCUUGCCGGAGUCCCGGUCCAACCUGUUCUGUUGCAUUACCCCAAUAAGCUGGAUACUGUUCGCUGGACAUACAAAGGAACAACCUGGGUUGAGUCACUGUGGCACACGACUUCACAGUUCUACACCAACAGUACUAUCGAGUUCCUGCCAGUUUAUAACCCGUCCCAGGAGGAGAAGAACGACCCCAACCUGUAUGCAGACAAUGUUCAGAAACUCAUGGCCAAGGCCCUCGGAGUCCCAGCUACAGAUUAUGUGAUGGAGGGAAGAGUUCCUGUCAGUAAGCUCGGUGGUCUCUCUGUCCCAUUGGAGUCGCCCGCCAGAGAAACACUGUCGCUGCUACACAGAAACGGCCUGGGAGCGCAUGAAGUGAAAGCAGCACUGGACAGAAUGAUUGACAGGUGUCAGUCAGGAGCUCAGGGGUCAAAGGCCAGUGCAGAGGAGCUCGCCUCUAUCCUCGGGCUGACGGAUGAACAGACGGCCGUCACCAUCUGUGGCCUCUACUCCAAGGAUGAAACUGUGGACCUGAGGCAGAUCUAUUUGAGUGUUGCAGCUCUGUCAGGAUUCGUCAGCUUCAAGUCACUACUUCACACUGCUUUCACUCUGUUUGACAGAGAGGGCCGAGGCAGUCUGAGUGCAGAGGCGCUGUCGGGCCUCAUGGGGGCGCUGCUGGGCAUCCCUCAGCGCAACACUGCAGAUCUCUACGCUCAGGCAUCCAGCGAUGGCCAGCUUACUGAGGACAAUCUGCUGCGGGUGCUGACGACCCACCCCACCUAUCAGAGAGUGGUGAACGAGUACAUGCAGCCCGAGGAGUCGGGCUCCACGCUGGCCAACGGGAAGGCUGUGAACAACAACAGAGACGUGCACAACGGCAACAGAUCCCUCCACUACAACAAGAAGUUUGAAUGAGGAGUUUUACAGGACGUUCAGUCGAGUUUGUACUCGUCGAUUGACAAAGGAUUGUAUUUUUUACGUCUGGUGCAUGUGUGAGUGUGUUUAAAUGUAUGAAUGUAUUUUUAAAACUACGUUACUGUAAAACUUUUACCGCAGUCGACCACGCUAAAAUUGUAAAACCAAAGAAUACUUAAGUUAUGACGACAGCGGCUCUCUGAAGUGCGUACCAGUUUACCUUUUUUAAUGACACAAAAGAUUGCUCCGUUACUCUUGUCAUUUUAAGCCAUAAAAUGUCUCAUGUAAAUGAUUCCCUCUUGUGUGUGUUAAAUGUUUUUUAAACGGGACAAAGGUAUGUGCAAAACAAACUCUGUAAAGCCAAAAAGUUUAUUUUAUGUCAAUGAAUUCUCACAUUUGUGUGUUUAUAUUUUUUGUAUUUAACAUUUGAUUAAACUGUGAAUUCUUUUUAAGGAG